ACAAGUCCUUAAUGGGAGAACAACAUUGGUAGCAAAUUCGUAUAAAUAGGGUACGAACCAUUCCAAAUUCAUCACACUUCCCUUUCCGUUCUUUGCAUCAGCAGUCCUUUUCCUCGAAUCAACAUGAAGUUCUCGGCAUCAGCAGCUUUGAUCUUGCUAGUUUGCGUGGUCUACGUUUCCGGUUAUGGGACCCAUCGACCAACGACUCAUCGUCCAACUCAUUACCCAACACGUCCAACUUACCGUCCAACUUACCGCCCAACUCACCGCCCAACUCACCGCCCAACCCAUCGUCCUACCCAUCGUCCAACCUAUCGCCCAAUGAAAAAUCUCGGCAACUCCAAUGUCAACAUCAACGACAACAAGAACAGCAAUGUUAACAUCGCUUCGCUUUUAUCCGAACUGUUCGGACACCAGGAGGAUGAAUUUCCUUGCACUAUCGGCGAUCUCUGUUACGAGAAAAAAAAUUUGAUCAAAUCAAGCGCUGCUGCCGUCGACGCUAAAACGACCGCGGAACCAACUAAAACGGUCGUGGAAAAAGACGCUGCUCCUGCCGCCGCCCCAGCCGCCGCUCCUGUUGUCAUUCCUGCCGCUCCAGCUGUCGAUGUCAACUUUGAUCAGUUCGCCAACUUCGCAGAUUUCCAAGAACCUAUCUUUGGGGAUUCUGCUGAAUUUGAUGGAAGUGACGAUGACUUUUUUGCUUAACUUUCUUUUGGAAAUGGCGACUGCUGACCCAGCUAUAUCAGACAUCUUUUAGGCGUUUGAUAUCUAUGACGACUUUAAACUUUAAUACUUUCUAUAUUUUGGUAAUUUCGGCAAUUAACUACUGCGUAAACUUCCCUUAUACACCCCACUGACUUUUCAUGUCAAUCCUACAACAUUUUAUGGGGACGAUAUGUUAAUUCAGUUAUACUUUACCCAAGAAAAAGAAUACACUCAAAGAAUGAAA